AGGGGGCGGCGGGGCGAGGCGGAGCGCUGGAAGCGCAACUCGGGCUGGCCAGAUCGUGGCUGGCAUGGAUGCUACUGCAGCAGCAGCAGCGAGCGACUCGUGACCGCGGCCAGCGGAGCGACCUGGCGCAGGUGUCUCCUGGCUCCCCACGCAUGCUUCCCUAAGCUUAGGGCGGCAGCAUGGCCCCCACGCUGCUCCAGAAGCUGUUUAACAAAAGGGGCGGCGGCGGCAGUAGCAGCAGCAGCAGCAACUCGGCUUCUCCUUGUCAGGCGGCCAAGGAAGGCUCUGCGUUCAGGUGAGUGAGCAAAGUGCAUGCAUUGUGCCCGGAUCAUCGAGGUGCCUCUGUGCGAGUUAUUUUUCCUCUUACGCAUCCAGCUUUUCUCUCCCUCUCCGCCCCGCUCUCUUCUUUCUUUCUCUUUUUGCUUAUGCAGCAGCCACCGGGAUUACCCGGCGCUCACGGCGGGCGCAUUGGUCGGCUCGUUCUGCAGAUCGAAAGGCGAGGGGAGAAAUUGCUUCUUUUGCAGGUCCUACAGGUCGCUUUGGGACUCAGAGCGAAUGCAGCGCUCCGCGAGGAAUGGAGUUGAUCCUAAUGUUUAAAUGGCUCUGAAAUGGUUAAGACGUGUUGCACAUGUUCAGCAGCUGUUUCGUAACAGCCUCCCCUCAUGGGUAAAGUGUUCGACGCAGCUGGUGGGCCAGGCCCGUGGCGCCUUUAGACAAGGAUGCGCCCUCCCAUUUGAGGUGCCUUAGGCACCUCUCUCUGCUUUGAGGUGCCUUAGGCUGCAGUCCUGAAUUCACUUACCCUGCAUGUAAACCUCUUUGAGCUCCAUAGGACUUGAUUCUUCAUAGGCAUGGUUAGGAAUAUGCUGUUGGUUUUUUGCUGCACUGAGCUUCAGGUUGGGGAAAGACUUUAUUCAAGUUGAUGUGAUGUAGAAAGGGGAUGUAGGGCUUGAACUGUACCCCUGAUUCAAAUCUUCACUCAACCAAGAGGUCAGAAAAAGACACAUGCAGCUCUGAACGUCUUGAAAGAUGCACGCAAUACAAAUAUAAUACUCUUGUGAUAUAUGUGCUAUGUGUUACAACACACUGCAAUACAUUCCCCUUUUCACUUAAGCCCCACUGUGUUCACUGGGGUUGGCUCCUUGUAAGUGUGCACAGGAUUUCAGUCCUCAGUAAGUAGUGUAUGAUGAAUGGGAAACUUAUGAUCCUGGAGAUCUUAUUGAACUACAGUUCCUAAUAGCUCUGACCAUUGGACAUGCUGACGGCAUAUAAUGAGAAUUGAGAGUCCAUUCGCACACAGAGGGCCAUAGGUUCCCAAAUGUUUUAGGAGUUGAGAAUGUAGCCUUACGUGAACUUGCUAGUAUGGCUUCAAAAACACUGCACCCUGUAUCUACUGAUACAAUGCAUACAUGUUUUCAAUAGGAGUCUUAAACAACAUCAUUUAUUCUAAGGACACCUCUUAUGUUUGUUUCUUAACCCAAUAUAAUAUUUUUAAAUCCUUCAGUUUUAAAAGAUGCACAAGCUAUUGGGCUAUAAAUCAACACAAUGUUAGUCUUCUGCUAUUUGCUCUCCCUAGUACGUAUAUGUUUAAAAUGAAGUCCUAAGGAAAAACUUAGGCCCACUCUAGCCUAAAAGUUUGCACACUGUUUUAAAACAAUUGCAUAAUGUUAAGCAUUUGUGAGUCCUCUCUACAGUUUUCUUAGAUGUUGCCAUUUAAAGAUGCCUUGUUGUGGCCAGAGAGGUAGUAAGUAUUUAGGCGAUUUAGCAUAAAACAUUACAGACGUGUGCUACUCAUCUGUUGAGCAAUGAAACGAUGCCAGCCCCAUGAUGAGCUGACAGUUCUAAUAUUUAUUUUUCUUGUAUUGAUAUUCUGCCUUUCUUCCAUCACAGAGCCCAUGUGAUUCUCCUGUAGGUCAUUUGUGAAAAUAGGAAGGAGGGAGAAAAUUGCAUUCAGUAUUAGGUUCUGAAGUUGUUUUCAAAUGAUGUUUAGACUACUUGGUUUUUAAUUUACUACUGUAUGCCCUUAGUGUAUGUGUGCUAAACUUACACCCAUGCAUACUGAUGCAUGCAAACAACCUCGUUGCCCAGUAUGACUAUUUGUCAACUCCUGGGUUAGGAUAGCAACUGGUGUCUUGCCUUGUGUUAGUACUGCCAGAAUGCUCCUACAUAUGCUGAGAAUUACAGCUUCAUGGAGAUAGCUGCAGGUUUCAUAGAUCUCAGCCUUGUGGAAAUGGGGCAUGGUGUGGAAUGAGCACUGCACUGUAGUGGAAGAACGUAAGCAGGGAUGUAGAAGGGAGAGACCUGUGGCCCUCCAGGUGUUGCCGGGUUACAGGUAUCACCAUCUCUGUGUAUGAAGCAAGCCAUGUACAAAGUGAAGCUUAUAACAGCAAUUGGAGAGUAGAACAGGAAACAUUACUAUAUUCAUGGAGGAAUGCAUCAGUGACCAUCUCUGGUCAGGCUGCUCAGCGCUUAUUUUCAGGGUAGCUCUGUAUAUUUAGGAGUGGACAGAAAGGAUUGAGGUGAUUCCAUGAUCACCAGAAUCACUUCACACUUUUGUACAGUGAAAGGAUAUUUCUAAACCAAGUCCUCAUUUCUGCUUCUGCAGAUCUGAACAAGCUCAGUUAUUCUAUCUGCUUUGAACAUACAAGCAAAAUAAAACAAUUUGCUUGAGCAUUGCAGGCGGUACCUUACUAAGUCAUACUCAGAGUAGACCCAUUGAAAGCUAAUCAUUAAGCCCAUUGAUUUCAAUGUGUACUUUACUCAGACACAACCCAGUGUUUUCGCAUCAUCAUUUUCUUGCAUCUAUGACUUUCUCCCCAGUAGACUUGCAUUCAUAAAAAGAGCUUCUCCAUUGCAGUUUGGGGUCAUAUUAGUUUUUCUUUCCUGUAAUUAGUCUCAUUGCUAACGUGGAGAACCAAAUGGAGCAGCAAUCUACAACCACAGAACCAAACUUCUGUGUGUUUGCUGUUCUCUUUUCCCUGUGUUUGCUGAAUAAUCAGAGGGUUCAGAAAUCAGUCAUUUCAUAAUCUGUUCACUUGUAUUGUGAGAGAGGCUGGUCAAGGCCAAAGCGAUUACAUCACAUGUGUAGACAGCACACUUUCACAUGACAUCCCAUUCCAUUCAUUGUGACUGGUUAGGUCUUGUGACUGGGUAAUGUCUGGAUCUUUUGCUAGGUUCUAUCCUUUUGAAAUGCUAAAUAUGCUGCGGAAAUAAAGACUGAAAGGGGGUGGGGAGAAGGACUGGGCUGGGGGCUUUGAUUUUCGCCUUCUCCCCAUUCAAAAACUAGUUCUGCUCAUUUUAACGUUUUAUUUUCCAACUAAACCACUCAAAGUAACAUACCCUCCCCUUCAGAUUACUCUUUUUCGUUAAUCGUGCUGAGUUAACACUGCAGUUCUUUUGCAGCCUCAGGUCAAACGGCCAACAUUUAACAUAGGUGGAGAGGUCCUCCCUUCCUGGUUCCUUCUGAUGUUUCCAGGUGGGAAUCCUGUUGCAUAUAUUAAAGCCCCAUACCCGUUGCUGGGUCCUUGGAAGGUUAUUGGCGAUAGCUACACGCAUUCUGGCUGCGAUUCUUAUAUAGCAGUUUUCCUCCGUCUGGUGUACCCUCCAUAUAUCCGGAGGGCAUUAGGCUAAGGAAGAUGGAUAUAUGAUGACUUCCACGCCACCUCUCCAUGUUUCCUGUGAAGUUGCCAGCAUCCCCUACACAACCACUUUGUGCAUGCCAUCUGUGCAGUUCUGAGUGCAUAAUUUCUAAAAGUGUUUUGACUUAAGCUGAUCUGGAAGCUCUUAUCCCUCAUCCCCUGUUACUUGACGGUGGGUCACUGUUACUGUCAUUUCUUUUCUAUGCUCUGGAACUGAACCCUAUCAGAGGACAAGGUUAUGCCCAAUUUUUGCUCCUUCGGCUGCAGGACCCAUAUGUCAACCUGAAGUGGACAGCUUGCAUGAUCAUGCCCUAUAGAGGCAGAUCAGCUGCUGUGCUGAGUGUCCUUUUCUAGUGCAGUUGUGAAAUCUUUUUGCUUUGCGAUGAGCCAUUAGUAACAAUAAGAGAACUAAACACCUAGCCACAUAGUACCUUUACUCCAUAGUACUGUGAUUGUGUCAUCAAGCUGGACUAGCUGAACUAGUUGAGAGUUCAAAUGUAAAAUAGGCAAUUUAGAAAAGUGUUGAUGACCCACUUCCUAAGGGUGGGGGAAUUGACAUAGUUUGGCUUUUACUUUAUGGCGUAAAGCUUUUUGGCUUCUGAUACAUUCACAUGGGCUUAAAAUUACUAGUAGGCUGGCAAGCAGGUGAAGGAGAUCAUCUCUAUGCCUACGUGCUGUUAUUAAAAGCUCUCUUGGUGUGAUGCCAUCACAAUAUACUACAGGCUGGUUGUGGUGAGCUGUUCAAACUGGUGAUGGUGAGCAUGGGCACAGGCAACAUUUGCAGGAUUGAAACGUAUGGAAUCGCAUGGAGCUCUAGUAUCCGAUUUUAGAAGCAUUUAAGAGUAUCUGAGCGCCCUGAGUAAAUCUGAUGUACAUCUGUGUCUUCUAGAAUCUGGUCCCUCUUCCUUCAGCUGAAUUGACAGGCAUGCAGUGCACGGGUAACAAAACUUGGUUGCAUGUCCAUAGACAAAUCCUGAAUAUUACUCAAGAUCUCUCUUCUGGAGCUUGAGGUUGUCUUUGCUGUUGUCUUGAGCAGCCUGCGGGUGGAGAGAGAGUUAGUGAGACUUCCCCUUUUUUAAAGUGAUCCCAUGAGUGCCUGCUUAUGGAAAUAUUUUGUGGGAAUGUAUCUCCCCCCCCCCCCCAGAUUUUAUACCCUGGUCCAGCACGGUUGAUAAAUUUGACUACGGGCAUUUCCACCUUAGCAGCAUCCUUAUUUGGAAAUGUGUGAUAUAAGCGGCACAGCUGCAGUAUAACUUAUUUCCUGCUGAAAACCAAAAUGAAAACAUAUUAAAACCAGUGUUCAAUAAUUUGCUAAAACUGCUGCAUCUAAAUAAUACCUUGGGAUAUGUGUUAGCAAGUUUUAAACACAGUAGGCUUCUGCUUUGAAUACACUUAAGCUUUGAAUACUCCAGUUCUGUCCUUUCUAGGAUUUGCAACUGAACACAUGCUUUAUUGCUGCUGUUCAGGAUCCUUAGCUGGUAACAAUAUGUUAGCUUUGGUGAAUGAGCUCAUUCAGUUGGCAGUAGAUUGCAAGCCAUUCCUUUGGUCAUGCUGCAAUGCUUAGAGAGAGUCUGCCAGCAUGAAAUUUAAAAAUUAGCAAUGCUCCAUUGCUGGUAAAAGGGAAGAAAGCGUAAAUGAAUUUUUUUGCUUACUUGUUACUUACUUUAAUGGUACUAUAGAGGCUCUGGAACAACACUAAAUGUAAGGCUGUGUGGAUUUCUACUGUGUUCCUGUUAUAAAGUAUAAAUUCUACACCUUGUGAUUUUUCGUGUCAGUAAUUUGGUAUGAAGAAGCACCUUGAGUCAGGUGUGCAACUUGGCAGAUUUUUAGGAAAGAUAGGUGAGAAAGUGGUGGUCAAAACAACUGCUGGAAAAUAGAGGGAGAGACAAAUGGCUGGGAGCAAUUUGGUAUUGUAUCAAAUAUCUUCUGUAUCUUCUUUCUUCUUUGUCGAUCACUCGUAGCCGAGUAAGAUUGUCUUUCAUAAACACGGUUUUAGCAAUGAGUCAGUAAGUGACUGUGGAGGCCAAUUCUGGAUCCACACAUCCUUCCACAGUGGGGACAUUGGUUUCUGGGCGGGAGUUGAUCAUGGUGUGGAUUUGCCAAGCGAGCCUUCCUCUUAGCACGUUUCUCCCUUGCGUCCUGAGUUCGCUCAAUGGUAUCUUCUGUAUAUAGCAAAGUGAGCUACUAUAUAAAGAGGAAAGCAAAGGUUUGGUACCUAGAUAGGUGGUCACUGGUCCAUUGUGUCUUUUGCUUGAGUAUUGGCACUAACCUGAAAGACUAAGGGAAGGGAAGGGAAGGGAAGUGGUGGUUGCGUGAAGGCUAGGUUGCAAGAGAGUUCAGUAUGUGAAUCUAUAUAACAUGUUUAUUGCUUAUGAAGUAUUUGAGGUUAGGUAAGGGCUUUUCAUUUUAUUUUUUUAAAAUGAGGUGCAUGAGUGAAUUCGUAAGUGUCAUUAAGCUUCUCUAAGACUGAAAGGGUUUGGAUGGUUGUUGUUUUUGUCGCAGAACUUUAUUCAGAGGAGAGAGCUGCUUCUGGUUACCAUGGAAACAUAUUUUUGGCAGAAAGCAGGAGGCCUUCAGGCAGGACUUCUCCCUGGAUUUAUUUCGAAUAAUUUCUAAACCACUUCAAGAUAGGAUCUCAGAGCGCCUUAUGACAAGAAACACAACAUAACAGCAGGAGUGUCUCAGUGAGAACAGUAUGGUAAAACACUUCAUUAAAACAUCAUCAGCUUAAUUCAGGGGCAGUGAAAACUGGCAGCAACUACCAGGAGAUGCCUGGGCAAAGAGACAUGCGAUUUGACUUCACCCCCUGAAGCACACUCUAUUGUCUCUUGAGACAGACAGAUGCCAACAACAACAGUAUAAAAUACAGUGCUAAUGUUCCUAUUUUCUUGAUAUAAAACUGUAAUUGAGUUAUUGUAGUUAUAAGUUAAACGGGACUGCCACAAAAUAUUGCAGUGGGGAGUGCUUCUUCAGCUUGGUAUUGCAGUCACUUCAUUCUAUUCCUGCUCCCCAGUUCCCCAGUUUCCUUUUAUUUCUUUUCAUUCUGCACCAGACCAGAACCUUCUAUAUUCACUAAGCAUGCUCAGCCUUAAUUUGGCUGCAUCAGUUCUCCCUGCACCCUGCAUCAUACCAGGGUUUUUUUGCACAUGAGGUGCACCUACUUCUACCACAUCAAACCUUUUAUAGGCAGCUCUUGCUUCCAUCCAUAACCAUCCCUGGUGACAUUUACAAAUCCGGACAAUAAAGAGGUUACCUCUCAAAGAGCAAGAAUUUCCAGGACCCUUGGCAAACUACAGUUCCCAGGAAUAUUUUUUAUUGGGGGGGGAGCCAUAUGCUUUAAAUGUAUGGUGUAGAUCUGACCUUGGAAUGACAUUUUACAUGUCAUACCAGAACGUCGUGCAAGAAAAGUGAAACUAAACUCAAAACACGUUAUUUUGCAAGAGGUCACAUAGGCGGAAGCACGAGAGCUGCUAUAGAACCUACCUAUUAUAACAUUACACAAACGCGUCUGCAGACUCUUGCAUAAGUGUUUGCGGAACAAUGCUAAAGGCAAUAUCCCUACCGUUCAUGGGGGCGUGUUGCAUUCAACCUUUGAUAGAUAAGUCUUGUCUCUGGAAUCUAUUGCCACUUUUGCUACAAGAGACAGCUUAAGGCCGUGUUAUGGGUGAAACCAUUUUAGCCUUUUAAUGCUCCAUUUCCAGUUUUAAUAUUAGAUCAGAUAAUGUUGCAAUGUGAUUGCUAAAUGUCCACUCAUAUUGUGAAUUCUCAUUAAGUCUAAAUUGAAAUAUCUUUCAUUGUAGCAAAAUUAUUCUGUCGCAUGUGCAAGCUAUAAAAAAGAGCUCUUCCAUCCUUCUCAAUAAACCUUUUUUUAAAAAAAAAUCUUCUCCUUUGAAAUGAAUAUAGUAAGUUGACUCCAGCAAUUUUACCAGCUCCCAUAUACCUUGACAAAUGAGUAUAAAAAACAGUGAAGCCAUUUCCGGACUUCAGUUUAUCAUCUAUCUCAUCGGAGGCAGGAUUUCCUAGCAUUCAUCACCAGUUGAAUAUGUAAACAUCACUCCAUAGUGGGGUUUUUUUAAUGUUACAUGCUGAUAAAGUUAUAAUGGUAGGCAUUGUACCUUUCUUCAUUCUCCUUGCACAAAGACUUAUGUGCAUUGUGCUAGUUGUGACAAUUCUAUUCCUCUUCAUACUUUAGAAUAACACCUAUACGAGCAUGUUAACUUGAGGAUAGUUCCAAUGGGAGACUAUUAUUAUUAUAUAACUUAUAUAAUAUAACCCUUGUUCUUUUAAUCUCAUCUAAUUAUCUAGCACAGCUGUUGCUUAGUCUUCAAAUGGCAAGCCAUGAAAUAACAUUUAUUAAGCAAAUCAAAGAUCUGGUUCAUGUCAUAUUCUGUGGCUACUUCUUUCCUUUCCCCAGAGUCUCCUAAAUCCGUUUUCACUUGUGGUGCUUUGAUGUGGUGCAUUAAUGUUUGUUUUUUGUUCAGUGGGUGAUGGUAGCUUAAACAUUUUGAUGCAAACAGCAGUAUUGUAGUCAAAAAUUCUGAAGUGCAGCACUGUUGGUGACAAUGCAUAGCCGUGUCCCCAAAGCUAUGCCACUUCUAGGAUUAUAGAACAAAAAUGAACUUCUGACCAAUGCAAACAUUAUAGCUUCUAAAGCAGGGAUAGGCAACCUAAGGCCAUUGAGCCAGAUGCGGCCCAAUCACCUUCUCAAUCCAGCCCAUGGAUGGUCGCAGAAUCGGCGUGUUUUUACAUGAGUAGAAUGUGUGCUUUUAUUUAAAAUGCAUCUCUGGGUUAUUAGUGGGGCAUAGGAAUUCGUUCAUUUUUUUCCUUCAAAAUAUAGUCCGGCCUACCACAUGGUCUGAGGGACGGUGGACCAGCCCAAGGCUGAAAAAGGUUGCUGACUCCUGUUCUAAAGCAACCCAGCUUUCUUCGUACUGUGAUCUCCACUUUAACAUCUAGCCUGAUGAAGAGUUCUGGUGGAUUCCAAAGCUUGCACACUAUUCUGUGACAUUUGUGUUUAUCAUAUUAAAGUGGUUUUGGAGUUUUGCAAAAUAAAAGUGGUACUUUAACCCAUAGUUUUUGGUGUGCAUAGCUAUAUAUAUUUAUAUAUAUCUCCUUCUGCUUGGCUUACUUGGUGGAUAUCUCUCUAAGAAAAACUUACUUAUUUGGAAUGCCAAAGACUGGCAGAUAGUGCCCCAGGAGAUGCCAUCAUAAUCUCUGCUGUGCUGGUGUUGCAUCAUCCUUGCCCAUCCUUGCUCUGCCACACUUUUGGUUGUAAGAGCAGCAGCAUCAUUUUGGGCUCAGUACGCAAGACUGAAUGCUGGCCCUCUUUCCUAUAGCAGUGCACUGAAUUUAGGUAGCUGUUUCCUACCUCCAUCUGUAGGCAGGUUGAGAUCCUACCUGCCCACAGACAGGGGGCAGUCUCGCCAGAGUGGUACAUGCCCUGGUUAUCUCCCGCUUGGACUACUGCAAUGCACUUUACGUGGGGCUACCUUUGAAGGUGGCUCGAAAGCUACAACUAAUCCAGAAUGUGGCAGCAAGACUGGUGACUGGGAAUGGCCGCUGAGACAUAUAACUCCGGUCCUAAAGGAUCUUCACUGGCUCCCAGUACGUUUCCAAGCACAAGUCAAAGUGUUGGUGCUGACCUUUAAAGCCCUAAACUGCCUCAGCCCAGUAUACUUGAAGGAGCAUCUCCACCCCCAUCACUCAGCCCGGACACGGAGGUCCUCCUUCUAGGGUCUUCUGCUGGUUCCCUCACUGCAAGACGUGAAGUUACAGGGAACCAGGCAGAGGGCCUUCUCGGUAGUGGCACACUCCCUGUGGAAUGCCCUCCCUUCAGAUGUCAAGAAGAUAAAGCAUUACACAACUUUUAGAAGACAUCUGAAGGCAGUCCUGUAUCAGGAGGUUUUUAACACAUUAUGUUUUUAUUAUGUUUUUAGAUACGUUGUAAGCCACCCAGAUUGGCUGGGGGAUCCCAGCCAGAUGGGCGGGGCAUAAAUAAUAAAAUUAUUAUUAUUAGCUGACUACUUUUAUUGAAAAGGCCUUUGAGCUGCAUCACUGAAACAGUUCUGAAGCAGCACUUUUAAUCAAGCUGGUGCUUUCUGGUCAUUGAGCAGGUAACAGAAGCAACAUUAAUUUCUGUAUGUGUGUGUGUGUGUGAGAGAGAGAGAGAGAGAGAGAACCCCUAACACUCCUCCACAAACAGGAACAUGGAAACUGCUGAACAAACUAGGAAGCACCAGUCAGAAAAUGUAGCCAAGCCCAUGUAUCAGGAUGCCAAACCCAGGUGUGGUCAGGAAGACUCAGCUGACCUGUGCCUGCUGUACAGGAAAUCUUGGGCAAUGACAUCAGUUAGUAAUGAAGGGCAAAAAAUGAAGCUGGUGCAAUCGACGACUGUGGGUGCUAAUUGUAUCUAUUACCUGGGCUCUCUGCCGUCACAGAAAGGCUUUGAUUUUUAAAAUGAUACGUUUAAAAUACAUGGUAGAGGCUUGAGGGAAAGGUGUGGUGGGUUGGGAAGGUAAAUGCAGGCACAUUAAGGCAUAAGGUAGAUUUCUGUGUCUGGCAAAGAGCUUUUCAGUUGGUUAUGUCCUGGCAGCCUCUCUGCUGAGCACUGUGUUCUUGGAAGUUGGAUGCAUCACAUGGUUCCGUCUGGAACAAGUGCCCUAUGAAAUGAGGCAUCAUCUGAGAUGAGGAAGGAUGAAUGCGAAAUGCAAUGACUCUGGGCAGAACCCCACCCCUUGUUUAGAAAACAGCAAAUGCUUUGGCAAAACAGCUUUGUGCACCAGCAAAGAUUAAAUGGAUGCGGGAAGUUUGGUGCUAGACCUUAAUUGUGCUUGCGUUCCAUAUUGAUACAUCAAGGAAGACAAAGAUCUUGUAAUGUAAUAUAUAUCACAAGUCUCUCAAGACCUCCAGGUGUGUGUGACUGUGUGUAUGUAGGUGUUUGUGUUUAAAAACAAAUCAGACUUGAACUAUUACCCCCACUUCCCUACUUCUUAUGUAAAAGAAUCAAUUUGUUUUCAUUUACUUGCAUGGCUGCCAACCUAUUUCUUAAAGAGCUCCUGUACCUUCUAAACCAGUGGUUCCCAACAGUUUUUUGGCCAUGCCCCACCUAAGCACCCCUAAAAUCCUGAUUCCCCCGACAUAUAAUUAUUGUUAUUCAAAAAGUGAACUGCUAUUCACGUGGAGGAAGCCUAAAAGGCCACUCACUGUUAAUAACUCAUUCUCGAAUUGCCCCCUUUAAAAAUUAAAUUGCCCCCUGUGGGGUGUGUACCCCACAUUGGGAACCAUGGUUCUAAACUAUGAUUUAUUAUUAUUUAUUGCAUUUAUAUCCCUCAUUUUUCUCCAAGGAGCUCAAAGUGGUAUACAUGGUUUUCCCCUCAUCAUUUAAUCCCCACAACAACCCCGUGAGGUAGGUUAAGCUGAGAUGCAGUGAGUGGCCUAAAGUAACCCAAUGAUCUUCAUGGCUGAGUGGGGAUUUGAACCCUGGUCUCCCGGGUCCUAGUCUGACUCUAGCCACUACAUCACACUGGCUGUCUAAAUAUGUGUGUGAUAACCCAGCAAGUGGUUUUGUUUUUUCCCAUUGCUGCAUCUUCAUGCCAGGAAAAUUUAUGCCACUUCCAUACACACACAUAGUUGGUUGGCAUCUGUCUCGGGAGACAGUGGGGGAAUGCGCCUUUGGAGGUGAAGUCAAACUAUUGGAAGGUUGUAGCACCUUCUGUAGCUGUAGAGACUAAUGCAGGAGAGACAUGUUUUGUUGCAGCUGGGGCAGAUGUGGGGAAAGUAUAUAAUGGAACUAAAGUGUCCUAUAAUCUGGAGCUAAUGGCCAUGUUUGCACACCAUGUUAAACUAGAUUAGUGCAAAGUGAAGGAGGUGUAGCAAACCUCAUGCUCAUGCCUUCCCCUUCUGUACUCCUGCAUGGGUUCAAGUUGGCUUGUUUUCAAACUAGCCAUAGGUAUUAGCAACAUUUUGUCAUUUUGGACUAAGCAGCAGCCCAUGGUUAAGCAGAAGCAAAGCCUUCCAAAUUCUUCUGCAUGGAAAGAAAGAGAAGGGAGGACACAAGAGCCAUACUGGAUCAAGCCCCAGGCCUAUUUGUCUGUUCCCACAGUGGUUAACCAGUUGCCUAUGUAAAGCCUGCAAGCAGGAUAGUGGCACCCAUCCCACUUGUGAUUCCUAGCAUCUGGUAUACAGAGGUGCACUUGCCACUACCCUGUGUGGUUUAGUGCAGCCUUUCUCAACUUGAUGCCCUCCAGUUGUUGUCCAGUUAUAGCUCCCAUCUUAACUGGCCAUGGGCCAACCUGCCUAUGGCCGGUGGAAGUUGUAGUCCCAACAGCAUGAAGUGCUGACUUUAUUCCUUAAGUUCCAUUCUGUCCAUUUGUGCCAGAGGCAAAAGCAAUAAUGGAUCUAAAAUAAAUCUGCAGUGUUGCUCAGUUGACUUAAAACACUGGUUGUGUUUGACUGUAACUUAAGUGUAAAGGGCAGGGUGGAGUGUCUCUUAGGAAUCUCUCCAGGCCUUCAAAAUUUUCCUGUGCUCUUUAACCAGCCCCUGUGUGUUGAUCAUCAUCUCGCACUAUAUGGGAAUUGCUUACAAUAUUAUCAGCACUAGAAGACAAACAUUCUAAGGGGUGGGAGGUAGGGAGGUCGCUGUCCCUUCCUUUGUGUUAAUCAUUCCCUACCGAUAACCUGUGGCAUUGGUGACAGGUUCCUGUUUGCAUUGGAAGUGAUGGUGCUGAGACACAAGGUUGCUAAGAGCUGUCAGAUGACACUUGCUCACAUGAGCCCAUUAGGAGGGUGUUGCAGCCAGUUUUAAAACAAGUUUGCAACUAGGGAGUCAGUCAGAAAGCAACCUCUCUCUCUAUAUCCAAGGCCAUCUGGUUAGGUCUUGUGAUCAAAUAAUUGCUAGCUACAGAAGCAUACCAGGAAGCAAGAUAGUCAUAGCUCUUACUAGUUACUGCAUCUGACAGCAAAUUGGUUGGAUUACUAGGAUAUUCAAGUUGUGCUUAUUUCUUUUUUUGAAAUUAAAUUAUGUAGUGCAUUGUGAGCCUUUGGAAUAGAGAAUAUUUACAGGCAUGAUGCAGCAAGGACCACUCCUUUAAAGAAAGAAGACGACAACAAAGAAGAAGAAGGAAACCCAAAUGAAUGCUGUUCAAUUCUUGGUUGAAUUUCCCCCCCAGUGAGAAAGUUCAUAACCAAUAGAUACUGAACUGUAAUGAAGGACCCUAGGUAGAUCACUCUUCAAUACACAGUGGCUACUUCAAAGAAGUGAUGAAAGUGUGUUUGUGUAAAAGAGAGAGGGAAUACCUGUGAGCUCAACAUGUGUGGAGGCCCGCCAAAGACGUCGAACAGCACAGGGGACCAGACUGAAAAAGGAAGAGAGAUUUGUGGUUCCUCUACCACACUGGAGAACAGCUUUUCAAAGGCAAGGUUGAAUAAGGCUAAGAAACCACUUGUGGUGGAAAAGAGUUGCAGUUAUUCAAAGGGAGUAUCUGGAAAGCUAUCAAAAAGGUAGGAAAGCUUAAUUCAGAAAUUGCAUUUGGGUGGGGUAGGACUUUGAGACCAUGCGUUCUAACUUGCAUAGGAGAAAAGUAAGACUAAUCCUAAAAAGGGGCAUCACAGUUUUAGCCAAUUAACCUUUUUUCCAGGGAAUCACUCAACAGUUACCCUUAAUAUCUUAACUAUAUUGCAUAUUGGAUGCUAACAAAUUACUGUGUAGGUUAGUUGGAAUCUUAACUAACUGGGAGAAGGAAGUGUUUGACUGAAAUGUUGUGCCUGCAUUGGUUGUGUAUAUUAAGAUAAGGAGAUUGAAAAAGGAUUCUCCAUGUGUGGCCCUAUGAGCUACAGAUGUGGUUUACCAAUAAAGUGCUAGCAAUAAGUGAAAUUCUUUAAAGUUUACAAUUUGAAUAGCUUCCUCAAAAGGCAAUGUAAAACAGGCUGAUUUUACACACAUGCUACCUUCAGCACUUCAUCAUUUAACAAAAUUAAUGUACCGCUUGCUUGUCAAUCGAACCUCUAAUUAAUUUACAAAAAAAUAAAGCCAGCCUGAAAAUAAAGAAGAAAUUUUAAAAAUAAAAAACCUUUACAAUAAGUGGGAAAAGAUUAAAAUACAUGUUUGUCUAAAAUAAAAUGUUUUCAGCAGGUGCCAAUAGGAGUGCAGUGAAGAUGUGAGAUAGUUCUGAAGAGUAGGUGUUGCCAUGCUAAAAGAUAUAUUUUCUUUCAAGUGUGGAGUGGAUAUUCUGUGGCACCUAUAAAGUGGCAAUGAAACAGUAGUGUGGGCAUACGUUGGUAGCUCCAGAAAACUAGUUCGAUUUGUCUUUUGAACAUCUGAAGUUGAAGUUCUCCAUGAAGGCAGGUUGUAUGUAUUCAGCAACUUGGAAAAAGAAGCAGAUUUCCACUUUCCUGUAGUAAUAUAUAUUGCAGUACAAACCCACAGUUAUGUUCAGAAACUCAAAUGCCCAGGAAGGGAGAGGGCAGGUUGGUGUUAGAAGUGUGUUCAGUGGCGAAAGAACUGCAGUCCUUUUCAACAUGUAGAUUAUUUUGUCACCCAAGAACAGUGUUUGGUGACCUUUCCUUAGCACAGAGCUGGAUGUCUUGCAGAUACUGAGCCAUGUAUUGUAUAAUAUUGAAAGAAACAGAUUUUGACUUCUCUCUUAUAGUUGGCGGAAUCAAGGAGUUCAGUCACCUGUGAGAUUCUAAGCCAGGGAUUCGAGAGUCUGUAGCACACCUGGAUGUUGCUGAACUACAACUCCCAUCAUCCCUGACUGGAAUCAUCAUGUUGACUGGAACUGAUGAAGUCCAGCAGCAACAUCUGGAGAAGCUGCAGGUUUCCCACCCAUCUUAGGCCAUUGACAAAGAGGAGUGUAUAUGCGGGUACUCUUUGCUGACCACUUGUAAUAUGCACAAACAUUUGAGGAUUGCUAGCCUAUAGAAAGCAAAAAGUUUAAUAAACAUUACUUUAAAUGUUUUCCUUCUGGCUAAGGAAAGGUACCCAUUUCCCCCUUCCUCAAAGAUAUGGUAUAUCUUUCUUUUUUUAAAAAAAAAGAAGAAGUUUUAAAAUCCUACUUUUUAAAGCGCUUUUGGGAGAGAACCAAAACUUUUGCAUGCUGAGGAUAAAUUAAUGUUGCCUAAUAGCAUGUGUUCUCUCUCUACCCUGUAGGUGUGGUCUAGCUGGGUCAUGGCUGUACUGAAUUGAAACUAUGAUACAUAAGGGAAGCCUCUGCUAGAAAAUGCAUAUCUCUAUGUUGCAACAGCAAAGGACUGCACUGUAGCAGCCCUUUCAAAUAUUUCCAUGUGCUCUAAAGUCUUGUGCAUUUCAAAAGUGCAGGGUGGCAAUGCCAUGUGAUUCAAGUACAGUACUGGCAAACAGAUCCAAGUUCUGUUUUCAUUGGAAACUUAAAAGAGCACAUUUGAACCCAAAAGAUAAUCAAUAAUUCUUCCUAAAAAUGCAUAACAAGGAAUACACAAGUUGGUCUUACCUGUUAAAAUGGUAACUACUUUUAGAAGACACAUCUACUUAUUUCUUACCUAUUUGAGUUUAUUAGAGCUCUUUGUUGCUAAUACCGGGUAAGAUAAGUUUAAUAGUAGUGGUCAGAUUUCAGGUUGCUUGAUAAUGCAUAUAAUGUGAGAGCCCUCCCGUUGGUUUUUUUAACUGUAUGAACAAGCUGAACUGUAUGUCAUAGAUUUGCAUGAAAAUGGUGGAUAGUGGAGGAACUGGUAAUUGGCAUCUACAAUAGAAGAGACAGCUAUGACUCUUCCGUAUAUGCCAGUAAACCAUAUGUAACAAUUUCUCUAUGCCAUAAUAGAAAAAAAUGGUAAUACACAUCUACUCUUGUUAUCCUGCCUUCAAACACAAGGAAGCAUUUGUCAGAAGGGAAAGAGAAUGUUCUACCUAUUAACCUGGGGUAGCCAGAUGUCAAGUAUUUUCUUCCUGCCUGUGGGCUGGACUUAGUGAAUGUCCAGUAUCCUCUCUGAUUGGAUGCUGAUGCUUUGCUCCCUGUCCUGAAUUCAGCUAUUUAAAAAAAGAGUUUGAUUUGUGGCUACACCUCUUCUCUGGCAGAAUCGGACCUUGGCAUGCUGAAGGAUGCUUAAGUGAUUUUUAUAUGUGUUCAGGUAGAAUUUUAGGGUUGUUUUUUUUUAAAUCCAAGUCUUAAGGGUUACCUAGACAAUAUUGUUGUGUGGUUUUUCUUUCUUCCUUUUAAGGCAACCUGCAAUUUCACUUGAAUGGUUUAUUAAGGGUCUUAAAUUAGAAACCUGGAGUUGAGUAAUGAGGUUUGGUAUGUCUCGCCACACUGACUGUCCCGGCUAAUACUAGGGUUAGGGUUAGCUGUGGCUUUCCAGUUAACUCCUGUAUAUACUGUGGCCAUCCCACAUUAAUACUGAACAUUACAUGUAGGCAUGUAUGUGGAGAUGUAUGUGGUAUUCCUAUAAGUUGGAAAGCGACUCUUCAGAAUUUUCUGCCUAUACUUACACUAAUUCUUCAUCAUACUAAAUGGAAAUGUAACAGAGUCUCACAUGUACAGAAUGCAAACUUUUCUUUUCUUUUUUACUUGCUUUAGUUACUUUAGCCAACCUUAUUUAUUUAUGAGCACUUUUUGAAAGCAGGGUUGUUAUUUUAAAGUGUAUUUGACACUACAGGGGGUUUGACUUAACUUUUGAAAUGGCUCGUGAUGUAAUAUCCAACUGUUCUGCUACCUUUUCAGUGUGAAUGUAUGAAGAACAUUUGUGGCUUUAACAUUCACAAGACCACUCCAUGGAAAAAGUCUCUUGAAUAAAUGGCUAUUUAUCUUCAUUCCUUCUUGUAUUUACAAUUCACAGCUGGUCCUCUUCAGGGUUUGACCUAAAUGAAAUUCGCUUGAUAGUCUAUCAAGAUUGUGAGAGGCGGGGCAGACAGGUCUUGUUUGACUCCACAGCAGUCCACAAAAUUGAUGAGACAACAGUUCAGGUAUGGGUUUUGUUGUUUCUUCCUUUUAUCCAGCCAUAAAAAUAAAAUAGGAAAAUGACCACAAUUUUUUAAUAUCACAAUUAUCAUAAUAUUUAUUUAUAUCCCGCCUUUACUUAAGGCUUAAGAAUACAAACAUCACCAUUCUUUUCUCUUGCCUGAGAUCUUUCCCUCUUCCUGCUACCCAACUCCUUUGCCUCUAGGUGUACGUAGACUUGGUUGUCUCCACAGGUCUGUAUGCAAACUCUGGCUGCAUACACGCCAUGUAUUAAGGCAUACGGCUCCCCCCCCCCCCGAAUCAUGGGAACUGUAGUUUUUCCUCCCACUGAGCUGCAGUUCCCAACAUGUUCAACAAACCAGUUUCCAGGAUUCUCUGCGGGGGAAGCCAUGUGCUUUAAACAUAUGGUGUGCAAUGCAUCUGGCUCUAUGAUGUCGUCUUGGAAUAAAAGCUCAUUUUGAAUACAGUUUACACACAAGGCUCAGCUUUGGCUGAUUGAUGUAAAUUACUUCUGUCCAUUCCAGAUGUGGUUUCCAUUUCACUCCUCACUUUGCUGGGUUUUUCCCCCUGAACUCUUUAAAAAAGAGUCUUCAGAGCAGCAGCAACCAAAUGUACAGGUUGAGCCAACUUCCCAUUGGGCUUGUUUAUCUGGAAGCCUAGGCUGGCUACUUGCAUGUAAAAAGCAGAGCUUAAUCAUGAAGUACAGCUAAUGAAUUCUGUUCCAGGCUUUUCCUGUGGGUGGCCCACAGGCAAACGCAUUACAGAAGGCUUUUCUCUCCCUACCCCCCCCCCUUGUCAGUAGCUUGUGUCAAACACAUGACAACCAACAAUUUUGCUCUUUCCCUAAUGACAGUCACAUUGGGGGAUUAGAUUAACAGCCCUUAACUAAAUGUAGUACAAAGCAAAAUCUCUUACAAAAGGAAUGUAAAUAGGUGGUUUGAAUGUGCAAAAGGCCUGUGUGCUUUAUGGGGGCAGAUAAGGAGUAGGUGUGAGGCUGGAGAGGAGAAAACCCUGUUAUGCUCCUGCUUUUACUGAGUUCGGGUUUUUAUUGACCUUCUAAAACCGAUGGCUUGUUGGGCUCGUUUUUACCUCAAGGAGCAUGUGGCAAUGAGCUCACCUCCCCACUCCCACUCCCUCACAGCCCUGCUAAUCAAUGAGUUUAAACUAAAAUAAUAAAUUAGGCCCCCAUCUGCACUAUAUAUUCAAAAGAGUAUUCUACCACUUUAAACAGCCAUGGCUGUCCCUCACAAGAAUCCUGGGAAAUUUGAGAAGGGUGCUGGGAAUUGCUUUGUUGUUUAGUCAUUUGGUCAUGUCCAACUCUUCGUGACCCCAUGGACCAGAGCACGCCAGGCACUUCUGUCUUCCACUGCCUCCCGCAGUUUGGUCAGACUCAUUCUGGUAGCUUCAAGAACACUAUCCAACCAUCUCAUCCUCUGCCAUCCCCUUCUCCUUGUGCCCUCCAUCUUUCCCAACAUCAGGGUCUUUUCCAGGGAGUCUUCUCUUCUCAUGAGGUGGCCAAAGUAUUGGAGCCUCAGCUUCACGAUCUGUCCUUCCAGUGAGCACUCAGGGUUGAUUCCCAGAGUUCCCUGAGUUCCCUGAGAAGAGAGGUUGAUUGCAGGGGCAUAGCGUUGGGGGGACACACUCAGGUUGUCAACCCAGAUGCACCACUUUGUGGGAGCAUGGUAAUGAGGCAAACCCCCCCCCCCCACGCAGGGCUCCCUGUCCCACCCUGCCUGCCACUAGAGGUCUCUGAGCCCUGGAGCCUGGCCUGGCCUGGACACCAUGAAGAGUUAGUCCUCAGAACAUGGGCUUUGUGUGUAAAUAGAAGACAGGAAAGGUUUGGGGGUCUGAGCGCAACAAAAGUGCUUGGUUGUAUUGAGGAAAGUGAAACCAGAAAAGUCCAGUGCAUAUACUGCAGCCUUUGGCUGCCUGGUGCCCUACAGAUGUUGGGACUACAACUCCCAUCAGCCUCAACGAACAUCUGGCUGGGAUGAUGUCAUUUGGGAGUGCAACAACAUCUGGAAAGCACCCAAUUAGCAGAUCAGGAAAACAGCCAUGACCAGGAUUAAAAGUGCAAGUGGAUCCAUUUUAACAUGGAGACAAUGUUUUCUGCACUGAAAUGCCCCAGGGUUGCUUAGAAAUUAUGGGGAUUCUGCAUUACCAUGAAUUAAUAUAUUUCCUCCUCUAGGAUGCUUCUGGGAAGACUUGGGGCAAGGGCUGCCAAACAACCGGUGGAGCCAGUGCAGCUUCUCCCUGUAGUUCUUCAAUGGACAGUAGGCAGAACGUCAGUGAAGACAUUCCUAAGUAUCAGGUAACCUGAACAUGAGAACUGGCAUCUAUACAUACCCCCAAGUCAACUGAAUCGAAAACCAGAUUUGUCUUAUGUUUUGCCACAUAUCUGGUAAGGAAUCACUUUCCAUUUGGCCUGGAGGGAUAAAUCUUCACCAUCUAUUUAUGUAAUGAUUUGAGGGCCUUAAUGCCCUUGCUACAUUCAAAAGUACUUUCUGUAAACACCAAUUUUGGAUACUUAAAAAGGCAUUUGGAUGGCAUGUAUCAAUUUGUAUGUAUAAAUUAAGAUGGAUGUAUUGAUGCUUAUUCCCUUCUUUAUUUCCCUUUCUUUUUUUCUUUAAUACAUUUGCAUUUUUUAAAAAAGCAGUUAAAAUGAAUAGCUUUACAAGUUGCACUGUGCUGAAAAUGGCUAAAUUCUCACUAGAGCUGAUGUCUGAAGAGGAAGGAGUAUAAAAUGCUUAGUACAUUUUAAUUCUGCAUAUCCCAUGUUUGUUGUACACCAGCUUCUUUAAACUAAAAAUGGUAUGGAUUUUAUGUGAAUGAUGAAAUAGACAUGCAACAGAAAAUCAAUUGGGGGGGGGAGUAAAAAUAAAUAAAUGAAAUUUAGUAUAUUAUACGUAUUGCUGCUUUAAAAUCCCAAACAUGUAUAUAUUUUUGUUUCAAUAGACCUUCUUUUGCUCCAUGAUCUCGUACAUAUCCUUUUGGGGGGGGGUUAAAUUGUGGCAGCUAAAAAUGUAUUCAAAAUCAGAUUGUAAUAUGAUGUCCCCCAUUUUCACUCUGCCUGCUUUUAGUAGCGGCUGUGCAGAAUCGUUAGAACUUUGGUAAUUCAGUAAUGCUAUGCCUGUUGUGUUUUCACUUGCUUGUGUUAAUACUUCUUUGGGACUCAAUGUACUACAACGGUACAUCUCAAAAGCUGCUUGGUUUAGAAGCAGCAUAUGGCAAAGUUUGCGAAAGUAACUGUUUUUCCUUCCUUCUAGUACACCAGGCCAGCUUCUGAUGUCAACAUGUUGGGAGAGAUGAUGUUUGGUUCAGUAGCAAUGAGUUACAAAGGCUCUACACUGAAGAUCCACUAUAUACGGUGAGCUAAUGCCUCCAGUUCCUUCUUGUUGUCAUGGAGUUCUUACUGGAACAGCUGAAUUAUUAGUUUUAUUGUUUAUCCUUUCAGCUCUCCUCCGCAGCUUAUGAUGAGCAAAGUUUUCUCUGCCAGAGUAGGCAGCUUCUGUGGAAGUGCAAAUAGGUGAGAGCAUCUUCCUUUCUCGCUUUUACUGUUUUCAGAUUCAGAUUUUCAAGGGGGAGGCAUUUCUCACUCAACUCAGUAUUUUAUUUUUUGAAAAAUCCUGCCUUGGUAAUCGUAAACUAAGAGUGCAACACCGCAAAUUAUUUUUGUGUGGUUAAGGCACAGGUGUCAAGUCCUAUGAAACUCAACUGUAAAUUUAAGGGGUUUGGCUUCAGAAUUCACAAUAAGCAGCUAGAAGUGGCUAUGUAAAGAUAACUAAGUUCUUAAAAGUGGAGGGAUUCAUCAUUUGGUGUAAAGGAAUAAGAAACUCCUGGGCACAUGGUCAUCACUUCAAGUUGUGGUGGUGUUACUUAGUGUUACAGCCAACAAGAGCCUUCUGUCAGUGCAAAGAUUUACACUUGGGUAGUGGACUUUCCUUUCCUCACUUCUUACUCCCACAAAUCUGCUCUGCAGGGUUGGGGGGACCCCCAGAACAGAUUUAGAGGGUGAGUGGGGACAGAGGAGACCAAGGGAAAGUUAUGUUGUGCAAACUCAAAUCCUUAUGUUGUUGGAGUGAAUUACUUAGUGCUACUUGGGAUGCAACCUAUAGAUCUUGACUUUUUUCCAUUGCAGUGCUGCCUGCUGUGUGGGGGUGAAAUCGAUGCUAUCUUACAUAAGUUUAGAAAUCUCUUUAUGUUCAUGGAUAGCCAAUUGCAGGGGUACAGGGAGGGCAGCAUGGGGAGGAAGUGCUCAAUGGCAACUUAAUCCAUCUUUCUUGGAUGGAUGUUUCUUUUACAGCUUGCAAGGUAGCUUUGAAUACAUGAAUCAAGAACCCAAUUUAGCAAGACUGAACUCUAAUCCAAAUAGUUUGGGCCCCUGCCACAGUGGAAGUAACCUGGGUAAGUACAUUCAGCGGUUUAAUUAUUUGUGUGCGCCACAAGUUUUGGUUCGUGGGUCUGUUACAUUUCCAUGUAAUCUGAUUUUGUUUUGUUUUGUAUGUUUCUUGUGUUGCUGCCUUCUAGGUGUAUUGCAGCUGUGUAGCAACAAACUGCUGCAUGGUGUGGCUGAAGGGGGGCCUCUCUGGCUCACCCAGAGUGCUUCCUUCUUUGCAGGUUUGUGUGCAGCGUCGAGCACAGGGUGAUGCACCUGUACAUGCCCCUCUAGCUAGCUCCUGGUGGAAAUCUCCUGGCAUGGGAUCAAUAACUCCUCUCCACAAAUGGACUGGGCUGAGGAGGUGGUGAUGGUGGUAGCUCUAAAAUAUCCAAUAAGAGCUCAUCUAAAGCAGGUGUGGGGAAUCUGUGGCCCUCCUGAUGUUGUGGGAGUCCAACUCCCAUCAGCCUCACCCAGUGUGGCCAGUGGUCAGGGAUCAGGACCAUCCGAAUUGGUGGGGGCAGAGCCAGGGCAAUAGCCUCCCAGCAGUGGAGUCAUAACUACUUCCCAGGAGGGGGGGACACGGUGGUGAAGGUGGGAGUACCGAAUUGGUUUUGCUGGGGUAUCCACAGCACGCCGUCCUUUGCCAACCCUAGUAAGCAGCAGUGACACUGCUGCCGGGAGGCUGCCGCUCUGCGCCACUGGCUGAGCAGUGCAAUCGGAACACAGGAGACGAUUGCUCCUUCUAGCUCAGUAUUGUCAACACUGACUGCCAGUGCUUUGAGCAGAAGCCUUACCUGGAGAUGUUGGGGAUUGCACCUGAUACCUUUUGCAUGCAAGGCAGAUGGCUCUACCACUGAGCCAUGGCUUUUGGCCAACAUCUGGAGGGCUGCAAGUUCCUCACACUGUCCAUUUAGCAUCCUCAGUAAUGUGUUUCCCUGCUGGUCGCACUUCAUAGCGCCAUGUUUAUUCUCAGAUGACAGAGCCCUUCCAGUUUUGAGAGGAGUUGUUUUUUCCAAGUUAAUCAUUUGCUGGUGUGUUCUGUUAAUUUUCUCACAUGUAAUAAUGUUGGGGUGGUUUCUCUCUUUUUUCACGAUCUUCCCCUGCCCCCACAUGCUAAAGUCACCUAAAUGCCACCAAAUAAGCAUAGUUAAUUUUAUAGCGGAAGUGCUGACCUUUUGGAAGAGUGUGAUCAAGGAAAUCUGAGUUAAUCUAAACAUGGGUCACAAAUUUUGCAUGCCCUCUAAUCAAUCAAUCUUCUUUGCUUAAUGUUGGGAAUUUAUGGAGCUACAACUGCUGUUCAGCCUAGCAUUGGGAGCCAUCUGAAGACAGAUAUUUGUCAUUUGUGUGUGUUAUCAUUUUAAAGCAUGUAAGAGUAACAAUGGGUUGGAUCCAGAAGUUCACUUCUAAGCACAGAAGUUGCCUUUAACUUGUGGAUAGUUUGUGUUACUUCCUGCUAGCAUGUUACAUAGGAAACUUAAACUAAUGCCACAAUAAAUUCAUUUAAAUUUGUGUGUGUGUGUGUGUUACAACAGAGCAAUAUAGUAGUUAACAUUACAUAAGCUACUCAUUUAAAACAUAAUCACCUAUUUUCACAUAUUCUCUUUUCAGAGUUACCAGAGAUCAGAUUAAUUGACAGUAUUAUACACACACAUGUACACACACACAGGUGUGUAUGUGUCUAUGAGUAUGUUGAGUUUCGCAGGACUGGGAUGCAUCCUUUCUUUUUUUUAAUCAACAUAUACCGGAAGUAGGGUCUGUUUCUCCAAGACAUUGCCCUUGAAAUUGGGAUACAAAACAGCUCUAGUCUACACAGAUUUUUUGUCCUGAGAAUAAGGAGUUCCAUACUUGUUCAAACCACUCCUGGCUUCAUAGGUGCUAUCUAGGCAACUUAAGGCUUUUGUCUUACCCAGGAUUUCUUCCCCCAGCCAUGCUAUGCCAUGGACUCCAUUCCCUUCCCCCUACCCCAUGAGAACAGAGAGUGGGUAAAUUUCUGUAGCCUUGAGCCAGCUGUGGUCAUGUACGCUGGAAGGUCCAUGUUCUAACCUGCAUGGAGAGCAUACAUUAGAAAAAUAGAAGUUCAGCCUGCUAUGAAGGAAGGGUGUGGCAGCAAUGAUAACUGGCAGUAGGAGUAGGGAGGUCACCCCCAUUUUCUCCCCUUCUGGUAAUUGCAGCGAGGAGAAUGCCUGAAGGGAGAUUUUGUUGUUUUCCAUCUGAAAAUAUGUCCCUUCAUUUCUCAGUGUCUUCAGAAGCAUGAAAACCUCUAUGGGAACUAUAAUUAUAACACCAUGUCAGCUAUUAGGCAACUGUUUGCACAACAGUGCUAAUGGCUAUUUUCCUUCCAAUCUGCGUUCCAACCUGAUAACACUACCAAACUAGUUGAAGUCAGACUAGGAUUUCAGACAAAAGACAUAUGAUUUGUUGGGCCUCUGGGCCGUAAUAAAGAUUUAUUGACAAAAGACUGCGUUGAUAAACUUGCAGGAUCAAUAGUAUGUUUGUUAAAGCAGACUUGACUAAUUUUAAGCCUGCAAUUGUGUCCUCCUUGCCCCCUCCUUGUCACUCUUGAGGCAUUUGCUCUGGAGCUUUGAGAAAUAUCACUGUUGAAUUGAAACUGCUGCUUGUGUGGCCCUGUUUUAAAAGCAGGUGAUAAAUAGGACGCCUGUUAAAUCUCCUCCAUUUCCCCCCCUUUCAGCGCACAGCACACCUGUUGACAUGCCUAGCAGGGGGCAGAAUGAAGACAGAGACAGUGGCAUCGCUCGAUCAGGUAUAUCACUCCUCUCUGCUGUACCAACCAAACGUGGCAAAGAAAUUUUUAGUGACAUGUGAGCCACCAGUUCCAGAUUUCAUCACACUUGAUACGGCACUGUUAUGAACCCUGAUACUGUGUUAAAAAUGGAAAUGUAUGCUCAUUAGUUUCUUAUUCUAGAAUUAUUUGUAAAAUCCAUUUUCUGGUCUCUUUAAGGCCAUUACUUUUGAAUUAUUCUUAUUAAUGUUAUUGUUAUUACCUGCCUCCCCAAACAAUUAUUGGUACUCAAUGCUAAUUUGACUUUCCCCCUAUGUAGUAUCUUUAUGAUUUUCCUGUAGAUUGUAAGCUUCUUUAACAUUCCAGUUUGUUCUGCACAGUGUCUGGCACUCUGUUUUAGAUUUAGACUUACUCCGUUAUCUCUCCCUGUCUCCCAGGACUGCCACCUUGCAAAGGGGUGCCUGGGGAUGGUCCCAUUGGCCCCUCCUGCAUGUCUUCAUUGCCAUUUCUGCAGCAUCCCCACCCCAAAAUACUUUGGGGCUGAAUUUCUGCAGGAGGGAGCCUACUGUAUUCAAGUAGGGCUGCCACGCAAUCUAGAAACUGGGUUGCAUGCAACACUGUGUAUGCAGAGUUCCACUUGCACAGUGCAACUUUCCCUUCCUUUCCUCUCCCCGCAUGUCCUCAAAAUCUGCUCCAGAGGGUCCUCAAUAUCUCUGGGGAGAGGAGAGGAGGGAAUAGUUCAUUGCCUAGCAGAUGUCUGCUGCAGUAGCAGAAAGGCAGCAUCAGAGAAGACCCCUGGAGUGAGGGAAAACAUAUUAAUCUAUUUGCUUCUGAAAUUGGUAAUGUAAUUUCUACAAAGACUUUUAAAUUUUGCCUAUGGGAAGGGUAGGGGAGCUGCCUGUUCUCUUGCACUGCCACAUCUUUAAGUAAGACCAACUUUUCUUUCCUAAAAUGUGUGACCCUAUUGCAGAGGAGUUGUUAUCGCUCUGUGGUGGGGUUUCCGCAUUUUAAGUGCUCUUAAGAUGAACUGUGGGUCUCUCUUUUCCUACCCCACCCCAAGAGAAGAUGUUUUUAAAAGACCUGGGGGUGGGGAGCAUGGUACCAGGGGAAAUCACUAUUGAAGAACCAUCUUGGGUGAUGCUUCUUUCUGCUUUCUUGCCAGCUUCUUUAAGCAGCCUCUUGAUGACUCCUUUGCUGUCGCCAAGCUCUUCUAGCAGCUACCACCGCCGCUGGAUACGAAGUCAAAGAACAAGUUUGGAAAACGGCAUUAUUCCUAGGUGGUAGGUUUCUAGGGCAUAUUCCUGGAAUAGGAUUUUGUAGACUCUGUGGAAAGAGCCAGCAUAGCACAAGUGGGCAUCUGCUUACGGAAUUGGGCAUCUCUUUCCCUCUGCAUGCUCCCAAAAUCAUCUUUAGAGGGCUGGGGGGCAUUCUGGAGGAGGUUUGAGGGACUGGAGGGAGAAGAGGAAAAACUGGAGAGAAGUCCAGUUGUGCAAAUUGGUUUGAAAAUUUAUAGACUUUAUUUCCCCCUCUGUCUUAAGUGCCUUGGAGACUUGCCACAAUUAUAAAUCAUCUGUAAAAGUGGUUCAAAAGACUGCAGAGUUAAAAACAACAGCAAUUGGAUGCCACCAACAAAAAAGGCCUUUAAAAGCUUGCUUAGAUCAAGUACAUGCAUAAUAAUAAUUUUUAAUGGCCUGGUGGACUUUGCUGGAGAGGGAGUUCCGCAGUGUAGUUGCUCUAGUUUGGUACACCCUGUUUCCAGUGGGAAGUAAUCUCCCUGUUAACAGUGGUGGCACCUCAACUAAUACUUUUGGGAAGGGGAAAUUGCAUACAAUAUUUCAGUAUUUGUAUUUAGAUUUUUUAUGAGCCACCUUUUGAAGUUUUUAAUUUUUUUUCUAAAAAAUGGCAGGAACAUAAAAGCCAGUGACAAAAUCACACAAGGCCAGCAAAACAGAAAGUCUUUAGAGCCUGCCUCAGUCUCUGAAGUGAGGGAUAAGACAGAUUUGGGGGUGGGGAAUUCAAAAAAGGUUGAACUACCACUGAUACCCGAUACCAGCCUGCUCACUUUUAAGCAGCCCAUCUUGGUGCUCAGGCAGGACAAUAAGGGUGUAGGCCAGGACUGGAUAACCUGUUGCCCUCUAGGUGUUGUUGGACUCCAACUCCCAUCAGGCCUAGCUAGCAUGGCCAAUAGCUGGGGAUGAUGAGAAUUGUAGUCCAACAUCUGGUGGCUCACAGGUUCCCCAUUCUUGGUGUACGCUUCAGUUAACAUGGCCUCAAAAUGGUUAAGGACUUUAAAAGUUAAAACCAGCACUCUAUGCAUACCCACAGCAUUUGUUUUUAAACCCGUUGCUAAUAUCAGUGCACUAGGGCAUCAAACAAAAACCUCUUGAACAUUGUUGAUUUUUCUAAAUGAGCACAUAGCUGUGCUGUAUUUUUCCCACUGCAUUUUCUUUUUCAGGUCAACUGAAGAAACUUUCAGCAUGGCAGAUGAAAGCUGUGGCCUCAAUCCUGCAAUGGUUCGAAGGAAGAAAAUUGCCAUCAGUGUCAUUUUCACCCUCCCGGAAAAAGAAGAGGCCCAGAGGGAAUUCCAGGAUUUCUUCUUCUCUCACUUCCCCUUAUUUGAAUCACACAUGAGCAAGCUGAAGAGCGCCAUUGAAAUGGUAGAGCAUGGAACACAUCCCUUCAAUGUUAUUAUUAUUAUUAACCAUCUGGGAGGCAGGCUGGGCUGAGUGAUGCCAUGUCAGGGGCAGAUCUCCAGGGAGUUGGGUGCCUGAGCUGACAAAGUACAGCUUCUGCUUGAAAUCUCAAGAUCUUUUCCAUGGCACCACACAAGCUCUGAAAGUUACGUAUUGUUGCAGAGGUAGGCCUGUCUAACCUGACAUGGACUUGGCAGAUGAGCCUCUUGUAGCAAGACGGACAGAAACUUUCUUUGGGAAGAAUGAGCAAAUGAUCUACAGCACUGAUUCCUGUCUCUUUCCCCUGCCCCCAGCAACCAUUUUUUUAUUUAAAUACAUUUUAUCUGGUUUCCAUGAAAUGUGAUAGAUGCUUCAUGCAUAGACCGUCAGGCAUAUUGCUCCUUGAUCUCUCUUACCAGUAUCAAGAAGCCUUCUCUGACUUGAGUCCCCAAAUGCUGUUGGACUACAAACCCCAUCAUUGCAAGCCAGCAUGUCCAGUGGUCAGGGAUGAUGGGAAUUGUGGUUCCCGCCCUAUCUGGAGAUACCAAGAAUUGAAACUGGGACCUUUUGCAUACAAUGCAUAUGCUUCACCUCUGAACUAGAGCUGUUCCUCUAUUCAUUAGAUUCCAGUGCUUGACUUUUCAAAGUUUUUUAGUAAACCUUUGAAAUCAUCAUAAUAAUAACUUUUGCUUUUCUUUUUUAAAAAACCUAUUAUGAUUGCUUUCUCUCCAAGGCCAUGAUCACCUGCAGAAAAAUAGCAGAAACAAGCCAAAGAGUGCAAGUGUACAUCAGCCGUGUCAUGGAUGCCCUGGGUGAAUUCAGGUAAGUUAGUGGUCCAUGGAAGGCAAGCGGUAGAUUUGUACUUCUCCAUAAAGGGCAUCCAGGUCACCAUUCAGAGCCCAGUUCAUUGCAGCUUUUUUCCUGUUGCACUAGUCUCCCUCUAUUUCCCAGGUACACAUGCCUUGCAGGUACAAAGGCACAGAUUCACCUUUAACAAUCAAACAAAAAGGUUGGCUCUGGUGAUGGAGAAAGUGAGGCUACAUGUUUUUUCUGUUUCUCUACAAAAAAAAAAAAAAGGCCCAAACUGGUGCCUCUUUAAUCACUUCUCUAGCUUUUCCAUGGAGAAAUAGGGGGAAUGCAGCAGUGGUGAGACAUCCCAGCAUAUGGGAUUUGCAUCCAUUGUUUCAAAAACUGCCAUUUUUACCUGCAGCAGUCUGCCACCUAACUUUCCAAAAGAGGGCUGCAGUGAAGUGCACAUGAAGCAGAAUGAGGUAGCAGAGUGAAAUACGUCACUAUAUGCUCCUUUCACAUUAAACCCUGUAUUUAAAAACCUACUGAAGUUCAUAAAUGCAACGCUCUGUCAGCAGUCUACUUUGCCACCUUGCUCCCACUUCAUUCUGCUGUGUGUGUAGGCAAGGUCUACAUUUUCAAUUCAUUUGAGGCUGUCAUUUAUGCAAAUUAAUUGAAGAAUGACUUCAGCUGCAGUGCUGUGGGCCCCCAGGAACGUGUAUCAGGGGACACCAAAGCUCCCUGCAAAGAGAGAGUGAGAGCCGAUGUCCUGCAGAAACCUCUGAUGACCAAUGAUGUAGGAGCUCCAUCAGCACAACCACAAAAGGAAUGUGCUGGUAGAAGAUUAGGAAACUGCUUGGAGCCACCGCCACGCAUGCCUCCAAACCAGGGAGAGAUUUAAACCAUAGGAAGAAGAUGAGGAGGAAAUAAGUUUUAAGAGGAAAAACACACAUGCAAAAUGGACGGCCAGGUGCAAGCAUGCUCCUCUGACCUCACUUCUUCUCCUGGCAUUAUUUAUCCUAAAACUUUUUGCUUCAUCCCAGAGAACAACUUUUCCCAGCUGUAGCCACUACGAUUAGAAAUUGGGCCAUGUUGUUGUUGUUUAGUCGUUUAGUCGUGUCUAACUCUUCGUGACCCCAUGGACCAGAGCACACCAGGCACUCCUGUCUUCCACUGCCUCCCGCAGUUUGGUCAAACUCAUGCUGGUAGCUUCGAGAACACUAUCCAACCAUCUUGUCCUCUGUCGUCCCCUUCUCCUUGUGCCCUCCAUCUUUCCCAACAUCAGGGUCUUUUCCAGGGAGUCUUCUCUUCUCAUGAGGUGGCCAAAAUAUUGGAGUCUCAGCUUCAGGAUCUGUCCUUCCAGUGAGCACUCAGGGCUGAUUUCCUUAAGAAUGGAUAGGUUUGAUCGUCUUGCAAUUGGGCCAUAAAUCCUUUCAAAUCAUGUCCAGGAUAUGUUUUACCAGCAAUCACAGAUAGCUAAUUACGUAUGUCCGUGCCAACCUAUUAACCUAUGCUGUGAUGCAUAUAAAAUGUUGCCUGUGGUGAAAUAAGGGGGAGCUAUCAUCAAGUUUGAAAAGAAUUAGUAUUUGGAUCGGGAUUUCACACCUCUCUGGGUUCUCUGUGGGUUCGGUCACCUGGCCAUAUCUCAGUUUAUUAUUUAGGCACCUGACUGAGGCCAUGUCCGUGACUGAGAGGGUGGAGAGGAAUUAUAUAAAAGAGGAUUUGAAUUGUUUGCAACAUAAACCAGCCUUCACCCUCCAGUUGUUUGGACUACAAUUCCAAUCAGCCCCAAACAGUACAACAAUGAAUGCUUCAAACUGCUGGGCAGUAAUCUGUCAACAGUCGCUGACCCCAUAUUUUCUGGGCCUGGGAAGCAGAACUAAUAGUUUGGCUUUGUACGCUUGAGAUCAUCUUCUUUGUUAUGGGAUAGAGGCUUUGCAUUUUGAACAGUGUAUACUGUUUUAGCUAAUAGAUCUCUCUUUGGGUCCCCCCCCUUUCUUACAGAAUUACAAUCUGGAAUUUGUAUUCAGUUCCAAGGAUUGCAGAGCCUGUAUGGCUAACCAUGAUGUCCGGCGCUUCUGAAAAGAAUCAGUUGUGCCAACACUUUCUCAAGGAAUUCACCAUCUUGAUAGAACAGACCAGCAAAAGCCAGUAAGUCGUUGCUGUCUAUAUGCUUGCUUGCUCUGCUCCCCUUCAUAGGAACUGUAGGUUCGUCGCCAUAUUUAUUUUGUUUGUGGCUCUUUUCUCCACAGGUUUUUAGCGGCUCUCUUGACGGCAGUGCUGACCUAUCACCUGGCUUGGGUCCCCACAGUGAUGCCAAUUGACCACCUUCCCAUCAGGGCCUCCUCUGAGAAACGUGCCUCUCAGUCUGUGAACAUGCUGGCAAAAUCCCACCCUUACAAUCCGCUCUGGGCACAGCUUGGUCAGUGUGAAACUUUAAAAACAAACCCAAGACGAUCUUUUUUAUAGGAUAAGACUUAAUCUGCACAGAAAUGUCCUUGUGCACAUGCAUUUUAAAAUCGUUUGUCAUAUUAGGCUGAAGAAUAAAUGGAGAAUAAUUAGAAAGCUGCUUGAUGUAUGGUUGCACAGGGGAGACAUUUUUGAAAUAGCUCUAUUAUACUUACCAAAAUCAUCCUUUGAACAUGCACAUAUUUUAUCAGCUAUAGUGAACUCUUCAUUCAGCAUAAAAGCUUGCUCCUUGCAGCCAGAUGUUGGUCAGGUCUAAGGGAUUCUGUUGCCAGUGGUUGAGAUGCUGUUUUUUUAAAAAGCGUGAUGAUGCCCUCUAGUGUUUACUGCAUAAGCUACAGACUUACUUCUCCUGGUACUUGUAAUAAAGUGAAGGUGCGAGCAAUAGAUUUUUUGUUUUGUUGAGCAGCUUACACUUUAAUAGUCUCUAAAUUUUGUGGUGUGUGUGUUUUUUUAAUAGAGCUUCAUGUUUUGUGAAUUGCUAACACGAUUUCUAUAACGAUAACUGGUUUUUGUUGACUCUCAUCUGUUGCAGACCUGUAAAGUAUGGGUUGUCAUAAAUCAUUUCAUUUUACACUUCUGCAUUUCUCCUGCGAUAGGAUAUAAAAAAUUGUACACCAUUUAGCUUUUAUAGGGGUCACAUAAUUCAGGUGUUCUUGGCACAGAAAUUGUAAUUGAUUUUUAGCACGACGAGUAAGAUCUGCCUGCUAAUGACUUGGGAAGAACCCUUUUUCAAAAAAUAACUAAUUAUGUAGUACAAAUAAAACUUGAGGGCAUGAUCUAGCCAGUGGUAAGCACUUUUAGGUCCCAUUGAUUUUAAAUGGGAAAUUAACCAUGUGUGUUUAAUUCCUCCUAUUGAAAUCAAUGAAAUGUAAAAUAGCUUAACUUGAACUGGAUCGUGCCCUUGAGUUUUAAUUUGUCUCUUAGGCUAGAGCAAUGAUUAUAAUCAUGUUUGAUUCCUCAGUGCAAACUUUCACGGCACAUAUUGUAACUAGAUGGAUCUUUUUUUUAAAAAAAAACCACAAAAUAAAACUGAAUUCGACUGGACGUGGGCCUGUUUUCUUAGGGCCUUCUGGGUUAAAAGGCAGUACGAAUCUCCAUUUUUCUUCCUUAUGCUUUUUCCAGGUGACUUGUAUGGUGCUAUAGGCUCACCUGUCAGGAUGACGAGGACUGUAAUUGUUGGAAAGCGUAAAGAUUUGGUUCAACGCAUCCUCUACAUUCUUACAUAUUUCUUACGGUGCUCUGAGCUGCAGGAGAAUCAUCUGACCCGGAGUGGGCAAGUUGGCAGAGGAGAGCAAGCCCUGAGUGGCGGCAAGAUCUCGACAGCUCUAGAAAAGGGAGAAGUUGAGGAUUCUGAUUAUGUAGUAGUCACUGUUAGAAACGAACCUGCUCUCAUAUCUCCCAGUUUGCCCCGGAGAACCGGGAGCGCUGCUGCUGUGGGAGAGAGCUGCUUUGAACCUGCCUGCUUGAAGCAGGAGCAUGAAGGAAUAAAUGCUGGACAGAGUUCUGAACUGCCCUCUUGCUUGCCCAAAGCUGGCUCCUCCAAAGGACUUGUGGAGGAAGCUAAGAAGGGGAAAACGGUGGCUGGUUCAGAAGGUGUAUCCAGGGGAUGUGCAAAAUUAGAGGAUUUAACAACAGGAAUGAAGGACGACAACCAGUGUAACGCAGCCGGACAGCUGUUUUGCAGUGAGAGGGCUAGCCAGAGGUACCCUCAGUUGGAAAGAGUUACCUUCCAAAUUGGAAGCUCCCCGUCACCCGUAUCUGAUUUAGAACCCACCCAAAAGGAUCUGGAUGAAACUGUAGGGAUGCCAAGGAGCAAAAGCAAAUCUCUGUGUAUCCUGUCAAGUCCACUGCAUGCAACUGCCCAAGUCCAGCAGGAGAAAUCUUACUUCUGUCUUAAACCACGUGCUAGGCAGAAAGCUUGUAAAACGCGACUACCAAGUGCGCUUCGGUUGUCAUGCCACCCACCUGUCCCUUCUGAGAGCAAAGUCAAAACUGCAAAGCCAGGAAGACUGGGGGAAGCUGAAAGCACACACUGUGAAAACUUGGAAAGGGUUUCUCUUGACUGUGAUUCAGGAAGUCCCGCUGAUGUGCAGAGAUCUGGCCAGGCCGUUACGGAGGAUGUCCCCUGUGGGGAUGCUGGAAGCAAAGAGAACAUGCCUAGAAAUGAGAGCUCUGACAGUGCCCUGGGAGAGAGCGACGAUGAAGGUAGCGCACAUAUUCCAGACGGGCAAUCUCUGAGCUCUGUCAACAGUAGGACAGAAGAACUUUCCAAAGUAGAACUUGCUUUGCCAAGGUAAAAAUAAGUAAAUAUGACCAGCUCUAAAGGUGUGACUCCUCAAGGGUUUGCUGCAUUGUUAUUUUAACUGUUCUAAGAUAGCUCUUGAAAAAUCUGAAGAAGGAACCUCUAGUCUGAUAUUUAGACCAACUUAAACCAAAUGUUUUCGUUAUAAAGUAGUAUUGACCCUAUGCUGGGAAAGCCGAGACAACCUAGUAUAGUGCAAAUCGGGCUCUCCCCCCCCCCCAUUAUUAAUUUUAGGCAUAAUACUUGCAUCAUAAUUUUAAGGUUUUACAAUAAUAGAGACUGUUAUCAAUUUAGUACAAUGGACUAAAAGGCUCCGUUUUUCUCUUUUUACAAUAUGUGAAAACAGCAAAGUCUUAGACUAGCAUGAGCCUUCAUGGGCAAGUGUCUACUUCACAUGCUACAUUAUGCAGCCUUUCAGUCUUUACAAACAGGUGGUUUUUGUGAACUCGGCUACAACAGAGCACAAGUGAUCCAAUUUAAAAGUUAACAUGUAACUCAUUUUAACCAGCUUUGCCUAGCUGUCAGUUUGGAUAACUCAUUAGGUUCACAUUUAUGAGAUGUUAAGAGAUAAUGGUCAGAUGAAUGGUUUCAAAAUGCUUACAUUAGUGUUUAAAGCCCUAAAUGAUUUGGGCUCCAGAUAUCUGAAAGAUUGCCUCCAUUCUUGCUGCGUGUUAAGAUUAGCAAAGAGUGGUCUCUCUUGGUAGUCCUGCAACCCUCAGAAGUGUGGGGAAUGGCAGCCUCUAAAAUGUGGACCACCGUCCCACAGAGGUGCAUCUAGUAUCUUAAUUGUGUGGUAAAGGGCAUGUAAGAAAUGUUAUAAAUAAAUGAGGCAAUCAUCAAAUAACCGGAUCGUCAUGUCAAAGUUCCAUAACUGAGGCUCCUGCUGGGGAAAAUAUUUUGUGGUACAGACAAAGUUUGGGAACCGUGGACUGACUGUGCGAUUCAGAGCUGAGAAUGAUAGUAACUUUUUCCAUGCUCAUUUUUGAUCAUGAGCUGUAAUCUUGCAAGCAAAGAAGGCAGUGUCAUCAUUCGCAUAGCAUUGCAAUCUGCCAAUCUUACUGAAAUAAUUCCACUUUAUUCCAAUAGCUUUUCACAAACUGGCCUUAGAAAUGGCUGAGUACUAAGCGUGCAACCAAUUCCUCUGUUUCAGAUCCAACACAAUCAGCAAUCAAAGCGUAAAGCAUUUUGGAAGGUCCCUUCUCGGUGGCUAUUGUGCCUCCUAUAUGCCUGACCUGGUGUUGCAUGGAAUCAGUAACGAUGAGCAGCUCAAGCAAUGCCUAUCAGCUGAAUUGAGUCAUGCAGUGAAUGUAAGUCUGGACAUACUUCUGAGCCUCUUUCUUGCAGCAAGACAUAGAAGGCCAAGUGCUGGCAGUAGGAAAUGUAAAAGUGGGAUAGUUGUAGGUGGAUCAGAUCUGGCAGUACGCCAGAGAGAAAAUGGAAAGUGCGGGGGAGCACCCUAAUCUAUAUUUUCCUUCUAUUAAUAGAAUUCUGAUUUAAAUUUUGGACCUCACUGUUGCAAGAUGCAUUAAUGACCACUCACUUAAGUGGCCUUUAAAAGGGUUAGACCAAUUCCACAAAUGGCUACUAUUCAUUGCAGCUAAAAUAGAACCUGUCUCUCUAGAGGCAGGGUACCAAAUGCCCUGAACAAACGGGAAGGUUGUAAUCAUUAUGGCCUGCUUUGGGGCUUCUAGAAGUGCACAGCUGACCUCUAAUUGGAAACAAAUACUGGAUUUAGAUAUACCUUAGUUUGCUACCUGCUGGACCCCUCAUGGAGGAGACACACAAAGAAAGGGUGAUCUCAGGGUCUGGGUAGGUUCAGAUGGAGAGAGGCAGUCCUUGAGGUAUUGCGGUGCUAAGCUGUUCCAUUUGGAUCUUGCCACACAGAAUCCUUUUAAUAUCAUUGACAGUUAAGCAUAGAAAGUUGCCUUAUACCAAGUCAAGAUUAUUUAUCCAUCAAGCCUGGUACUUGCCUACCCUACCUAACAGUGGCUCAUUAGAGGUCUCUGCCAUCACCUACCUGAACUUUUUUUUUAAACUGGAAAUGCCAGGUGCUGUACACAAAACCUUCAGAGUGCAAGACAGCCAUUCUACCAAUCAGUUAUGCCCCCAAAAUGCAUAGUACAUCUUCCACAUUGUGCCUGUUUGCCUUGAACAAAAACUGUGUACAUACUCUGAUGUCCAUUCUGAGCUUUUGCAUACAUGGGACCACCUAUUUAUUUAAAUGGAGGGAGUCCUGUCCAUAUGUGCACCUAAUCUCUGCCCUGAAAUUAACAGGGUUUUUGUGGACAUGAUUGCUAGGAUAAGAAACUUUUUUUGUCUGAAAAGGCUAUUGCAUAAAAAAAAAUAUUAAGAAACCAAAACCUUUUUUCAAUUAAUUCAAUAUUUGACAAUAGUUUACAUAUAACACUUGAUCAAUGCCAUCCAAAUUUAUUAUUUCAGUAGGCCACAAACAUAUUCUAUUAAGAAGAACAAAUGCUACUAGCCAUUUGUCAUUAGAGAUUGCAGUAAACUAUGCUGAAUGUAAACUUUCAAUUUGUAAAUUGAAUAUAUGUAUGUGAGAUAGAUAGAGAUCUAUCUAUCUAUCUAUCUAUCUAUCUAUCUAAAAGGUAGACAGCAGUUUCAAACAGUUCCAUUUACUUUCUUUUUCCUUUCUACAGCAUCCAGUACUAGAUGAGCCCAUAGCAGAAGCUGUUUGCAUUAUUGCAGAUACAGAUAAAUGGACAGUACAGGUGGCCACAAGCCAAAGAAAGAUAACCGACAGCAUGAAGUUGGGCAAGGAUGUCCUGGUCUCCAGCCAAGUGUCGUCUUUAUUACAAUCCAUUUUACAGCUUUACAAACUUAACCUUCCUGCUGACUUUGUAAGUCCGCGUUUACAAAUGAUUGCCUGCAGAAGGAAUUGAUUAACAGGGAAAGUGUGAUGUGCAGCCAGUUUUUGCAUUCCAUAGACCACAACACUGACUUCUUUCAGACCUUGAAGGAAGACUGCAUAGUGGAAAUAGCGCCCCACCCCCCAGCAUAACUGAAUAGUCUAGGAAUUCUCCUCUUUGGUAGCUCUUAGAGAAUUAACUACUGCUCUUUAGGAGCCUUUCUUCUUUGGUGCAGACUUGUUUCUGUCCGCUGGCAGGCCAUGUUUGCAUCCUUUAUUCCCUGUGAUCUGAAGGCCCAAAGCAAAAGUGAGUUGCUUGCAUUCUGUUUUUGUACCUCCCAUCAGACUAGAGCGGGGAGGAUGCCGAACACCACAUACCAUUUCUGGCAUUCCUGAUUAUUAGCAAUGCAACACCCCGAUUGUUAGGGGCAACUAUAGCAGUUACCCUAUGGCGGGUCCAGACUGGCUAGACACUAUCAGCCUAAUCAUAGAGGUGCUGAACUAAGCAGAACUUGGGUCUGGCCCCAGGAAGGAUCAGUUCACGGUUGAUGCAUUUGUGUGUGGCAUGGCUUUGCCCUCUUAUUCUAUUGGAUUGGAUCACUGUGGGGUUUCAUGUCUUUCUACAGUGCAUUAUGCAUCUUGAGGAUCGGCUACAGGAAAUGUACCUCAAAAGCACGAUGCUGUCUAAAUAUUUGCGAGGCCAAACGAGAGUCCAUGUGAAAGAACUUGGAGUAGUAUUGGGGUGAGUGUUGAUGCUGGAGUUCCUUUUUAAAGUUGUUGUUUUUUUAGUUUUUCCACCCCCACCAUGCACUGAAUAUUCAGGAUACUACUGUUUAUUCCAUUGUCACAUUUUCUGUGAAAGACAUGCCGAAGUGUGAAGUGUAGCUUGUGUGUGUUCCACUGAGCCAUCUGGAAAUCGAACCGAGCUGUUAAAUGUAGGAAAAUAGAAUUAUUUCUUGUCCUUCCUUCACGUUCUGAACAAAAUGGAAGUUAUAGAAAAGCGUCGGCAGCACAGGCAGGCGCCUCUUGGGCCACCUCACCCAGAAUGCCUCACCCUGAAGAAGGACCCCUUUUUUCAGGCAGAGGGACAGCAAGUGCUGUUUCUGCUGCAUUAACAGUCGCGUCAAUACAUUUAAAAAGUAAAUGGAGGAGGGCAAGGAGGAGGGGCAAUGGUAGAAAGUCUUAUUUUGGUCAGCACCAUGUUUUGCAUAAGCACUGUAGAUGAAAGUUCUGUUCAAGUCACUUUAGUGGUUUGUGUGGAAUGGGUUAGGAAAGAAUUCAGUAACCUAUGUCGAGAUGGAACGGGAUGUCUCCUAUGAAACAUGCUGUGAGAUGAUGGCAUGGCUGUAAUCUUAAUUGGAUAAUAUAUUCUUGACUUCAAGCCAUGGAACCUUCCUUUCUGAACAACUCAAAAAUAAAAUAAAAGGGUGGGGGGGAGAAUCUUUAGCACUGCUCUAAGUGCAUUCCUGAGAUGGGGGGGGGGGUAUUUAAACCCACCCUCUGAGGGUUACUAAAAACUGUCAGAUGAGAAGCGACUCAUUCAGGUAUUCUUGGAGAUCCUACUGUUCUGCACCUAGCUGUGCAAAAGACCUGGGAUAUAGGUUGUCACUUAGUGGCCAUGGGCUGGAGUAUUCCAUGCAAAUUAGAAUGCUGUGUGAUGUUCAGAGUUGCCCCUUCUCAACCUUGCAAAGAGGAACCUUGAGAGCGAUAGUGUGGGCAAAAACUUGGCCACAAUUUAAUUCCAAUUGCUCAUAGAUUCUCAGGUGGUGCUGCAUCCAGGAGUGCCUUUCUUUACCAGCUUAGUUCAUCAACUGUGCCAACUCCUGAAAGAUAAGAGACCCAGCUACAUAAUUUAGGUCUUGUUGACUGCCAGACUAAAUUACUGUAAUGUGCUGUACAUGGAGCUGUCCUUGGAGACGAUUCAGAAAUUACAGCUGGUGCAGAAUGCUGCUGCCUGUCUUACGGUAUAAGUAGCUAAAAGAUUUACAUUGGUACUUAAAUAUCCACAUUGGUUACUGGUAUGUUUCUGAACCCAAUUCAGCAGGCUGGUUGUGAUCGCUACAUGAUCUGUGUCACAAGUAUCUUAAAGAAUGCCUUUUCCUGUGUAAACCCCUCCAGGAACCUUAAGAACUACAAUGAGUCCUACUCUGAUCUCCUGUCUCUAGGGCCCUCCCAGUGUUUUGUGCUAUAUUCAUUCCUAGUCAGAGAAGAUGGGAGUUGUAUCAGUCUCUUUCAAUCUGUGUCCAUUUCAUGUGUAUGUGUGCUCAUAAAUAUGUUCAGUUUCGUUUUUGCAUUAAUAGCAAUUUCUUAAAAGUGUGCAAGAAUUUUAUUUAAAUUCAUAUUUAAUUGCAAUAUAUGCAUUUCUAAAGUUAUUUUAUCUUAAAAUGUGCAUGUGUUUUGCACAGCACGGUACAUAUUUUGAACCAUGAGAUGUAUCACAAAAUUUGGGAAAGCGUUCAUUCUGAAUGAUAUUUAUGAUCCUAUUUAUGUAUUAAGGAGGUGGCAAAUUGGGUUGGUUCACUUAAAAAUGUUCACUGAAAGAAUAUCUCCUCUACCCUUGUCCCUGUUCAUGGGCUUGCUGGUGGGAGUUCCUACAAUAUCUGAAGGUGUCAUAGGUUCCCCAUCUCUCCUUAGAGAAUUAAGGUCAACUUACUAGAAGAAGAGCCUUUUCUCUCAUAGUUCCAAACUUUUGGAAUGCUCUCCUGUGCGAUGGCUGUGUACAGUCUUCCCUUUGUAGAAAAGUAAGAUAUGCUUUCAUUCCAUUGUGAGUUUAUGGUUCUUUCAUAGUUUUCUCAAUGCUUAUAUAUUUAUCCAUUGGUAUGGGUUAUUUACAGCAGUCCCCCCCCCCCCAAAAAAAGCUGCCCUUUGAACAGUUUUCAGCCAUAAGGUUAUCUUAUAAAUAAUAAUGUAUUUGGUAAAGCAUGUAAGGAAUGCAAGUAAGUUAAAAUCAAAUAUAGAGGAAGGAGACCAUAUCUAUAUCUAUGUCUGAAGGCUACUGUGUGGUGAGUAUAAAGAUAAAAUCACUCUGUAGUAAGCUGUCCCAGUUUUAUAACAUUGAAGGGUUGUUGUUUUUAGUCUAUAAAGCACUGUCCAUUAUUUACAAUAAAUAAGGAGGUUCAUGAGAAGCAGCACUAUUUAGUUUGCCGUCUAAUGCUUUUAAAAAAGCACUUCUUAAAAAGUAUAUGAUUAAAGCGUCAAAUAAUUCAGUCCUUAGUUCAGGAAAUGUUUUUAUUUUAGUCUAUAGAGCAGGGAAGUGCUGAACUUUCCCAUCUCUCUGUUACUGUACCUGAAUCAGAGACAUUCACCAAAUGGCCUUCCUAAAAGCACGCUGAAUAAUAGAAUUAGAACAUUUAACCUUGUUUCGGGGCCUUUUUGCAGGUUUGUGUUGCUAGAGCGCUGGGUCUUGUUACCGGGCCAUCUAUCACUACAACCUCCGCUUUUGCUAUGUAAUCCAUAUCUGCUCUCACGAGACCCUCCCUAAUCCAUACAGUUGCUUGGCUGCGCAUAAGCAUCGAUUUUCCCUGCCCCCAACCUUGUCUUUCUUUAGAUUCAUUUUGCUCCUUUGCCAAAGUCAUUCAAGAAAAGUCUAAGCGACUUUUGGGAAAACAGUAUUUUCUCCUCUUGCUGGUAGGGUGAUUCCUGAGACUAUCAUGUGCUACUUGGCUCAUCAACUUGGAAAUGGAAAUGUGAUGCGGAGCAGGGUAGAAUUAACUUUUUUAAUGACACUUUAAUAAUUUUUAAACUAAAGACAAAAUACAAAAAUAAAAAUAAUCAAACAUACUGCUACAAUAGGCUUUUGGACCAGUUGAAGUUUCCAAGUCAUCUUCAAAGGCAGCCCCUUCUUGCUGAGGAAGUGAGUAUAGGACUGUGGCCUUAGUUUCUCAAAUAUGACCAUUCACCAGCAUGUCUUUUCUGUCCCUCCUCCUACCCUGACCAUAUUGAAACUGGUCUGGAAGCUGCAGCAUGCUGCAAACAGGUGUUUGAGUGGAGCACCUUGAUGUGCGCAUAUUACACCUCCGCUGAAGGAACUGUACUGGCUUCCAAUCAACCACCAUGUAAAGCCCUAAACAAUUUGGCACCAGGUUACCUGCAAGCCCACCUUGUGGCUUAGGGCCCUCGUACCUACGGGACCGCCUCUCCUGGUAUGCCCCGCAGAGGACCUUAAGGUCCAUGAAUAACCAUAGUUUAGAGGUCCCGGGCCCUAAGGAAGUCAGACUAUCCUCCACCAGGGCCAGGGCCUUUUCAGUGAUGGCUCCGGCCUGGUGGAAUGCUCAGUCCCAUGAGACUACAGCCCUUCAGGAUUUAACCUCCUUCCGUCAGGCCUGUAAGACGGAGCUAUUCCGCCUGGCCUUUAAUUUGAAUUCAGCCUGAUCUUUUAUUUCCCUUCUCUUCCCUCCCCCUCCCCUUUUAUGAAGAUCACCCGCUCUGAGACCCCACAGCUAAUUCUCCCCUGGCCUCCUCACUGGCCCAAGUAGUACCAAUUCAGCCAGCUAGCCCUGGGGAGAUUAUCUAAUUGAUUUUUGAAUUUAUUGUUAUUCAUGUUUUUAUACUGUAUUUUAUGCUGCUUUUAUAAUUAAGUGUUUUAAAUUUGUUGUUAGCUGCCCUGAGCCUGGUUUUUGAACCGGGAAGGGCGAGGUAUAAAUAAAAAUUUAUUAUUUUAUUAUUAUUACCUGUCCCUCUAUAGACUUUUAAAUUCACUUGAUCAUCUGGAGAAAUUUUGCUACAGAAUAACACAGGGUAAAACAGGCAUGUUUCUUCAUUGCAUUGUGGAUGCUCUUUCCUCUGACAGUUGCCACAGACAUCUUAGAGACAUCUUUUUGCCCAGGCUUUCCAUGACCUAUAAAACUGGACCCUGUUAUUACUGUCUUUAUCUGCUUUUAUGUUACAUCUCUGGUUUUUAUGUUGUAUUUUAGCAUCUCAUUAGAGAUUUCUAAAUAUUAAGUGGUUCAGAAAUGCUUUUAAUUAGAUACUUCAAUUCUCUGCUAUAAUUUACAUAUUGAAAAACAUCCCUUUUUUUAAUUUCUAGGAUUGAAUCCAACGAUUUGCCACUGUUGGCUGCUAUAGCGAGUACUCAUUCUCCGUAUGUUGCUCAGAUACUCCUCUAAGCUGAAAACUUGAAGUCACAACUCCCUAGCAGAGUAAAGCAGAUGGGAUGCGUGUGUGCAGAAGAGAGCAAACAUGAAGAGAUGGGGGAACAGAGGACCACAAGGUGACAGUUCAUUCUGUCACUUUUCCUCUUCUGCAUUUUGUUUGGACGCUUACCAGCGGAAUUUCAGUUUACAUAAUAUAAAAGACAUUCAGGGUUUUUAUACUGUUUUUGGAGUAAACUAAUCAAGAAUGCAUCCUUGUAUUUUAAUGGACAAAAGAAUUAAACACUAUUGGAGGAUUCCCUACUUAUACAUAGUUUUCAGCCAAACAAAAAACAACUCUAAGUAUGGUUUCCUUACUAUUGUUGUCUUGUUCUGAUUUCCCACCCACCCAAAUGGGGAGCAGUAAUCAAAUCUGUAUGCACAGAAGCAUUCCUGUGUUCGGAUGGACAAGGUGAUGAAUUGGAGUACGUAUGCAUGCCCAUUCUCUUUUGUUAGCUCAUAAAACCUCCAUGGAACAAGAAGUUGGAAGUCAGCUACCACAAUCUUGUUGUGUGGCUGAUUGGCUCUUAAAAUGGACGAAGCAGCACGAGAGCGGCAGUGUUGUUUUUGGUUGUUCUUGGCGGAGACGGAAGUUUUGGAUCCUGCAUCACAGCUAGAUGAAAAUGGGAGAAAGUAGUAGUAAUCUCCACUGCAAACUUACCUUGUUGCAAAUGCCACAUCUUGAAUUUCCAGUUUUCUGGUCUUACAGGUUGAGCAUCCUAACAUAUGUACAACCAGCUCAAAAAAGCUCGUGUUUGAACCUUAAGAACCGAUAUGAUAAUGGACAUAGGUUUGUAUCCAUCCUAGUCCUGCUUGGAUUAGAAACACUGAAAUGAAUGAAACUGUGUUCAUUUCACUGAGUCUACUUUGUGUAGGACUAGCAUUAAAAGCACCCAUUAGCAUCAACUCUGGAUAGCUUGUUUUAAAACAUAAACUCUUAUCUGUUGCCCCGUGAAUAAGAGAUCUCUCUUCAGCACACUGCAGAAGCAGGAUCGACUUCUUUAAGUAGACGGAUGAAACAUACAGAAGAAAUCUCAGAGAGGAUAUCGCGAGGGGAAGGUGGUCAUGGUAACAGUGACAGCUAUUCAUUAUGAUAAUUCUCAAGUGUCUGAAGCGAUCCCACAGAACGUUUUGCACUAGCCUCUUGGUGCCUUCCUCUCUUGUAUGUCUUAAUUCUAAAAGAGAAAUGUAUGUGGUUUUAAAUGGGAAGUUAGUAACACGAGCUCUCUUUCAAUUUUCUAUGUUACUAUACAACUGUACACAUAGGACCAUAUUCGUCUUGGUUUCAAACCCUAUACCUAGGGCUUUCUUAGAAGGUUCAGUAUAAAUCUUGUGACUUCAUUUUAACUUCCAAGUUCUGCAGGUGACUGUGUGAAAUUAGAGUAAGAAAGCAAAAACUACUUACAAUUUUUUUGAAAGACUCCCGGUUGGCACAUUCUGCAAUCUCCCAUGUUGGACUGAAAGUGCUAAAUGGAAGUAGAAAGAAGUUUUGUCAUAUUUGGCAACUGACCCAAGCAGUGUUGGCAAUUGGAUGCAAUGUUUGUCCAAAUACCGAUUUAAUAAUUUUCUUUUUCUGGGGCUUGUCAGAUUUUCCAUUUUGUCUCAUUGCUUAUUCAUCCCUGCCAAUGCUUUCAUGACAACACUUAAUCAUACGGUCAUUCCUGUUUUAGAAGCUAGUAGUUAUCCAUAGCAGCAUUAUUCUGUUCCCUGCCUUUCUUUCUAUUGCAAAUUAACUCAAAAAAUCAAUUUUCCUCUGAAACCUUCCCUUCCAAAUGAAUGAAGCCCAGUUUUUGACAGAGAAGACCACAAAGGCAAGGGUUAAAGAUACCCUCCUUGUACUUAAAUUAUGGUCAAGGAAUCAAAUUAAUUAACAACCCUUGCUUUUAUCUCAGAAUAAAAUCAUAAUAUACUUUUUUCCCCUUUAAAAGAACCAUGCAGAUCUUUAACAAUUGUAUCAUUUUAGAAAAAGUAGCUUCAUUCUAUAUCUAAGAAAAAAAUAAUGUGUUUUAUCCUUCCGUUUUUAAAAAAACUACCUCAGUUGACAGAAUUAAGCUGCCAGUAGGGGGCAACUUAAAAGUUGUACAUGUCAUGAAUUUUCUGAAAGAUUGUGCUGUAGCGUUUGAGAGGGCAAAAACUGCACUGGUGAUGCACUGCAAUGGCUACCCUUUUAUCAUAAGCAUGCUUUAGUUCUGAUAUUUUUAAUAGUUUUUAAAGUAAUGUGAAUGUACCUGAGAAACACUGAAAGUGGCAAUGAGAAAGGAAUCUUGUCUGAAAUCUUCAAGAUUCCAAAACCUUUUAUUUUUCAUGCGGUAUUAAUAGUAUUCUGCUGUCCUCUCCUCCAAACAUGUCUACUUCUUUGUUUCCUAAGCAGGAGCAAACUUCUUCUGAUUCAUAUGGACCAUAUUUUAAGUGUAGCAAGCUUAUAUAAUAAAGCAUGUUACCUGGAACAGAUGAAGUAACAUAUGCCGUACUAGGAGAAGGGUGUGGGUGUGUGUCGCUGCAAGUUUGUGUUCAGAGAGAGAAAAGCAAAUAGUGUUUGGGGGUUUUUUUAUUGACUGGAUUCUAAUGUCAAACUGUGGAAACUUCUUAAUUUGGGCUGUAAAUGUACAGUAUCAUUUGUCAAUUUCUUUGUGGCAUUGGUGCAAUAAAUUGUAGAAAACCACUUCAUUAGUGGAUUGCAU